AAGAAAUCGCGCUUCUUUCGCUGUAAUAGAGAAGUAAGUGAAUCAGUAAAAAGAGUUCUUGAUACAAAUGAUAUGGCUGGGAUCCGUAUGAAUAAGAGUUUCGGAUCGCUUGUUGUUGGUGCGGGUGGAUUUGAGAACCUCCCAUUUUUGGAAAAGGAUUGCCGUAACUACAUCGACAAGGCACGACAUCUACGACUGGGCGCAGGUGGUGCUAGGGCGCUCCAAGACUACUUUUUACGAAUGCAGUACAAAAAUCCGGGGUUCUUUGCAUUAAUGGACCUGGAUGAUGAUGGUAGGUUAAAGAAUGUAUUUUGGGCAGACCCCCGUAGUCGAGCUGCGUACCAAUAUUUCGGUGAUGUGGUCACAUUCGACACCACAUACCUGACGAACCGAUAUGGGAUGCCCUUUGCACCAUUUGUUGGUGUAAACCACCAUGGGCAAUCAAUUUUGUUGGGAGCUGGCUUGAUUUCCUCAGAGGAUACUGAGACGUUCGUGUGAUUAUUCCAGACCUGGUUGCAGUGUAUGGAUGGUAUAGCGCCGAAGGCUAUUAUUACUGAUCAAGACCGAGCGAUGAAAAAUGCCAUUUCAAUUGUUUUCCCCGAAAGCCGACAUCGAUUUUGCCUUUGGCAUAUACUUAAGAAAGUCCCGGAAAAGCUUGGAAGCUAUGGUUCCUACAAAACUGAAAUGAAAACUACCCUAAUGAAAUGUGUGUAUGACACCCAAACUCGGGAAGAGUUCGAGAAUUGUUGGGAUCAGUUCAUCACCACGUACAACUUGCAUGAUAAUGUGUGGUUGAAGAGUUUAUACACUGAGCGUGAGUACUGGGUACCGGCAUUUUUGAGAGAUAUUUUUUGGGCUGGAACGAGUACAACUCAGCGGAGUGAGAGCAUGAAUGCCUUUUUUGAUGGCUAUGUUUAUGCUAAGACAAACUUGAAAGAGUUUGUCGAUCAAUAUGAUAAUGCGUUGAAGAAGAAGAUUGAGAACGAAAAUGUAGCGGACUUCCACUCAUUUAAUGUCACAAUUCCCUGCAUCUCUAGAUCUCCAAUUGAAAAGAGAUUUCAAGAUUUGUACACCAAUGGAAAGUUUAGGGAAGUUCAGCUUCAACUGGCCCGCGUUAUUGACUUGGACCCAGUUUUUCUCAAGGUCGACGGUACAGUAAAAACCUAUGUGGUAGAUGAUGAAGUUUGUCUCGAAGAGUUCACGAAGUUGGUUACACACUCAGUCCAAUUUAGUCAGGAAGAUACAGGUGCUGCAAAGUGUUCUUGUGGUUUAUUUGAAAUGAGGGGGAUAGUGUGCCGGCACAUCUUCGCUGUGUUCAAAUGUAACGGGAUUAAAUCAUUGCCAGAUAGGUACAUUUUGGAUCGAUGGAGGAAGGACAUCAAAAGAAGAUACAUGUUAAUCCAUAGCAGCUACGACACAGUGCAUCAACGGGAGGAUUCCACAAAUUAUUCAAGUCUUUUGAACAUCUGUUACAAGAUGAUUACUCAUGCUGCGGGUUCGAGAGAACAUACUUUGGAUGCAACUAAUAAGUUGCAUGCAAUGAUUGACCUUUAUUCUGGCAAUCUGGAUCCCACAGCACAUGCAAGUGGUACCGCAAACGUUACAGCAACUGUUGGUUCUUCAAAACAAGUUCUCAGUCCACAUAUUGUGAGAGGGAAAGGGAGACCCCCAUCUCUGAGGAGAGCAUCCAGGAUGGAGAGAGACUUGCGAAAAGUUAAAGAGAAGACCAAGCGAGCACAGGGAAAGGGAAAACGCAAGCAGGUGCUGAUAUUCUAUUUGACAUCUACCUUGUUGAUGCUUAAUUUUUUUAUUACUACCUAAAAAAUGAUUAUUAUGGUAUGUUCAGCGAGAUGGAGAAGAUAUAGCAGUCGUAGACGUGUGCAAGAAUUUAUUUGGUGUCGUGCAAACUGUUCCAGAGAGCAUACCAGCUGCUGACAUUAUUGGAGCUCAACCCCAAGAAAGACUAAUGCAAAGCCAAGAAAGUAUGCAAUUUGGGUUGGUUGGAUCACAACCGCUAGAGGCUAUAUUGGAUGGUUCACAACCACGGGAAUGACAUUUCAAUUGUCGUGGGUAUGCCUUUCCGUGGUUAUACAUUAUCAUAAUCUUUUUUAAGCUUGGGUUUUAAUGAUUAGGGUGUUCUUUGUGGGUUAGAGUUUCGGAUUUGGCACACAAUUUACAUCAAUUGUUUUCCCUGUAGGUUCAUCCCGUGGUGUACAGGUGCUGCUGAUCCAUUUUGUUAUGAGUUGGCCUACCACUAUUUAGCUAAACACAUUAGGGUGUUAAUCUUGUUGUUGGUGGUAUUUUGGGAAUAUAGAUACUUGUUGGUGUAAAACUUUAAUUUUGCCUUCGAUGAUGAGGGGGCAAUAAAGCUUUAAUUUAUUUCCUCAUCACUAAGAUCUAAAUGCAUGGUUAUACUAUUUGGAUCUCUUGGGUUGAUUAAAGAGUGAUGGUGCAUUGUGUUUGAAAAGAAGGUUCUACCAUCUAUUUGUACCAAAUGUAUAUUAUGGGUGACAUCUUGGAUCUCUUUUACAUAUUGAUUCUGAGAAUGUGUAUACACUAAAACCGGCGUUGAAGUGAAGUGGCGCAAUAGCUUAAUCUCUACUGAUCCAAUCUUUGUUGUGUAGUUUGUGGUGCUUGUAAUAUUCUGUGUAGUUUGAGGUGUGUCCAGGUGGAAAGAGGAUCUUGCACUAGAAUGGUGUUUUUGAAAUGAA